UUUCCCUCCGUUGCUGGUGCUAGUUUUAUUUUGCGACAAAAAAACUUGUUCAGCAAGAAGAACAGUAGAGCUCGGUUGAAUCAGAAGCCAGAAAGUCAAGCUUCAAACCCAAGCAAAACUUUCAAACCCGAAACCCACUACUGCCGUCCCCUCGAAUCCCCGACCCCGAUGGCGACCUCGCCGCCGCAGAACCCUAGCUCCGGCGACUCCUCCAAUGCCGCGAGCCUCGCCGCGCCCGCGCGCGUAUGGAGAUCCCUCGUAGCGCGCCUCCCUCCGCUUCCGGAUUCCGGCCUCCUCGCCGCGGUCUCCGACCUCCACCGCCGCUACUUCGGCGUCCGCCGCCGCCGUCGCAGACGCCCUGCUCUGCCUCUCCCGCUCAGCUCGGCCGCCACCCACUCCGCUAGGAUUGCUGGUGAGAUGCCCAAAGCCUUUGUCAUCUUAGAUGAUGUUGUGCAACACACCCUGUCUGAUUUGCACAGUAUUCACAAAAGCUUACUAUUUUGGCAGUCCAAAGCUGAGGGAACAAACUCACGGAAAGUUUAUUUUAUGAUCUUUGAAAGAGGUCCUAGGGCCUUUGCCGAAGUAACAUACCAAACACUCACUAGACUUGGGAGCAAUGGACGUCCAGUCCAAUACAUUUUGCAUUCUGCAUCCGAUAUGGUUUCAACAAAACUUUCUGUCUUGACAAGUAUGCAAAACUGUUUGGCUGCUUUUCUUGCAGAGGUUCAUUCUGAGGUUGAUAAAUGCAGAGAAGGAUUAAUGGAAAGUUCAGAUAAAUCGCUACAUACGCUAUUUAUUGUUUUAAAUACCGCUUUCUCUAAAUUGGAGGUAUCACUUAGAAAUGUUGGUGAGGUGCAAAAUGAACUAUUUACACAUGAUGGGAACUCCUAUGAGCUCCUGUUCAGGGAAUUGCCAGAAGUUGAUGUAGAGAGUUCACAAUGGACAGAGGCCUUAUCAACGGAUGGUAUAAAUUUAAUCUAUCAAAAUCUCCAGAAGUUAGAUGACUUCCUCUCCUUGCAGCUCUCAAGUCAUAAAAGGCCAAAAAAAUUAACAAUAUACUGGUUGCCCUACACAUGUGGAGCAUUGGGUCUUUCUGUUUGUUCUCUAUGGCUUUUACGUCAUAGCAGCUUGAUGGGAAGUUCUGACAUUGAUAACUGGAUUCAAGAUGCUAAAGAGUCCGUAGCUGGAUUUUGGGAUGAACAUGUUGAGAAACCAAUCAUUUCCAUCAGAGAUGAGCUUUUUGAGACAUUCAAGCAAAGAGAUAAAGGUGUAAUGGAAAAGCAAGAGGUCCAACUAACUGAAGAUUCAUUACGCAGGAUGUUACUUGCCUUUUGUGAGCAGACUUCAGGUAGGAAGUUGCCAGAAGAUGUAUCAGUGGAGGCGAUGCUGGAGAUACUCACAAAGAGAUAUGAGAAUGAGUUGGUACAUCCACUCCAAAAUCUGUUCAGUGGAGAACUAGCCCGUGCCAUGCUUAUUCAGAUUCAAAAGCUUAAAUUGGAUCUUGAAUCGGGACUACUGGAAAUGGAUCAGAUUCUUAGGGCAAAUGCAAUAAACUUUGCUGUUCUUGCAGCUCUUCCAGCGUUUGGUCUUUCGCUUCUGCUGCUUAUGUUAGUGCGAGCAUGGGCUCUGCGUGACCAUGGUGCAGAGGGAAGAGGUAAUAUUGCACGAUGUCAACGAAGGCUGCUUCUUGUCGAUGUAGAGAGGAGGCUUAUGGAGUUUCAGUAUUGCAGAGAUAAUGGGAUGGAGGAAGAGGCACGGUGUAAGUUCGGAUUAGUACUUUACACGCUUGAUAGAUUAUGCAAAGCUGUUGAGUCACAUGCGAAAGAAACUGGCGAGUGGUUAAGCCUGAGAGAAGACAUCUUUGAUCUGGCAAAGCUUGACAUGGGAAUGUCAGACAAGCUGAUCGUUGUUUCACGAUUGAAGUGGAUGUACAACUGCCUGCUUCCAUACUCAUCGAGUCGUUUGCCUCGUCUAUAGCUUUCUCUGGUGGUGAACAUUGUGUUCAUUUUGGGAUACUGUGAGGUCAGAACUUGUGCGGCAACUUGCAAUCUACUUCGCAAUUUAGUAUGAUAGUUGUGAAGAUUUUGACACCGAAUAUCUGGGAGCCUUGUUGGCUUCGGUAUAACAGAACAAUGGUUCUUUGCGGCACGCAUGAUGUUUCGUAAACUGCACUGGAUGUCAGGAUGUGGCUCCGGUAUACCGUACCAGCCACGAUUGGAAAAAGAAUAGAAGAGAAGUUCAGUCC